AUGGAUUUAAUCAAUGAGAAAAUAAGAAGAAAAGAAUCUCGAGUGGCAUCAAUUGGCGGUACGAAAAUCCCCUGGCGAUAUCGUUCAGAACUUGUUCAUGAACAAAAAUUGGAUCGGCCUCAUUUUUAUAUAUGGAUAGCAAUAUUUAUAUCAUCAUUUGUUGGCAUUGCUGUUUUUGCGAAAGUUAAAACUGAUGUUAUUCAAGAAAGAAAGAAAGCAAUGGCUGAACGCGAAAAGUUUCGAAAGGAACUUAAAGGAAACGUUGGUGCUGUGGAAAAUUAUAUACCUUUGAUUGCACAUUGGUUUCUGCAUUCGAAAAAGUAG